UCAUCUUAAACCUAUAAAAUAUUCUAUUAGCCUGUUUUUUUCUCUCUCUAGAACGCAAACGCGCGAUGGUAGUUCAUCACAUGAGUAAUUCAUGCAGUAGUUUAGUGAUAUUCUUGGUAUUGUGUUUUAACCAAUCAUAUGGGGUGAUAAUAGAGAGAUAUGUCCAUGGGAAACAUGGAAGAGAAUCCCAUGAUCAAUCAAACGGCUGUGAUUUCUUCCAAGGAAGUUGGGUGUAUGAUCAGAAUACAAUCACUCCUUACAACUCUUCCAUCUGUCCGUUCAUCUUGCAGCAAUUUGACUGCCAGGGAAAUAAACGGUCAGAUAAGCUCCAUCUCAAGUAUAAAUGGAAGCCCAAGUCAUGUGAACUGCCAAGAUUUGAUGGUGAGGAUUUGUUAAAGAGAUUGAAGGGGAAGAAGAUAAUGUUUGUGGGAGAUUCAUUAAGCCUUAAUAUGUGGCAAUCUCUAACCUGCAUGCUUCAUAUUGCAAUCCCUAAUUCAAACUUUGUUAUUCAAAGGAAAUCUGAGGUCUCAAUCUUCACAUUUCUGGAUUAUAAUGUCUCGAUAUUAUUCUCAAGAAAUGCGUUCCUAAUUGACCUAGUGAGCGAAGAAAUUGGAAGAGUUCUCAAGCUAGACUCAAUUGAAAAUGGCAAUUCAUGGAAAGGAUUUGAUAUGCUUAUAUUUAAUACAUGGCAUUGGUGGUUACACAAAGGAAGAAAGCAAGUAUGGGAUUAUAUUCAAGAAGGGAAUAAGAUAUAUCGAGAUAUGGACCGUUUGGUUGCAUUUGAGAAAGGCAUUACAACUUGGUCAAAAUGGGUAGAUUCCAAUAUCAAUCCAAACAUCACUCAAGUUUUCUUUCAAGGCAUCUCUCCUACACAUUAUGACGACGGAGAAUGGAAAAUGAGUAUAAAUGGAACAUGCAAUGGACAAACACAACCAAUUCACGGAUCAUUAUAUCCUGGAGGUCCACAUCCUUCGGUUUUUGUAAUGAAGGAAGUGCUUAGAAAGAUGUCGAAACCGGUGACUUUACUUGACAUAACAACUUUGUCACAAAUGAGGAUUGACGGACACCCUUCGAGUUAUGGAAGUAAUGGUGGCAAAGGAAAUGAUUGUAGCCAUUGGUGUCUUCCUGGUGUUCCAGAUACUUGGAAUCAACUCUUGUAUGCAAUUCUUGUUUCUAAAUGGAGACCUAAAAAUAUUUUGUGAUUUCUAUAUAUACAUGCAU